UGCGCCGUGCGCAGGCAGCGCACCCGGGCUUGUGCGCUGAGCGUGCCGGCUGGGAGUCGGCGGGAGUCCCAGUGCUGCUGGGGGGGAGUCUGUAGCGUGAGGUGCCCUUAAGCUGAAGACCAUGAACCGCAGCCGCCAGGUGACGUGCGUGGCCUGGGUCCGCUGCGGCGUGGCCAAAGAGACUCCGGACAAGGUAGAGCUUAGUAAAGAAGAAGUAAAACGUCUCAUUGCUGAAGCAAAGGAAAAAUUACAAGAAGAAGGUGGCAGUGAUGAAGAGGAGACAGGCGAUCCUUCGGAAGAUGGCAUGCAGAGUGCACGUACCCAGGCACGACCAAGGGAACCCCUGGAAGAUGGUGACCCAGAGGACGACAGGACGUUGGAUGAUGAUGAACUGGCCGAGUAUGACCUAGAUAAAUACGAUGAGGAAGGUGACCCAGAUACUGAAACUCUUGGUGAGUCUCUUUUGGGUCUUACAGUCUAUGGAAGUAAUGAUCAAGAUCCUUAUGUUACUCUGAAGGAUACGGAACAGUAUGAACGUGAAGAUUUCUUGAUCAAGCCCAGUGACAAUCUCAUAGUCUGUGGCAGAGCUGAACAAGACCAGUGCAAUUUAGAGGUGCAUGUUUAUAAUCAGGAAGAAGAUUCUUUUUAUGUGCAUCAUGAUAUACUGCUGUCUGCAUACCCUCUAAGCGUGGAAUGGCUGAAUUUUGAUCCUAGCCCAGAUGAUUCUACAGGAAAUUACAUUGCUGUGGGAAAUAUGACUCCUGUUAUUGAAGUGUGGGACCUUGAUAUAGUGGACUCUUUAGAGCCAGUCUUCACACUUGGAAGUAAACUGUCAAAAAAGAAGAAAAAGAAAGGAAAGAAGAGUUCCUCAGCAGAGGGGCAUACCGAUGCUGUCCUGGACCUUUCUUGGAAUAAGCUGAUCAGAAACGUGUUGGCAAGUGCAUCAGCUGACAACACUGUAAUUCUGUGGGAUAUGUCCUUGGGGAAACCAGCAGCUAGCCUUGCCGUACACACAGACAAGGUCCAGACUCUGCAGUUUCAUCCAUUUGAAGCACAGACUCUGAUUUCUGGAUCCUAUGAUAAGUCAGUGGCUUUGUAUGACUGCCGAAGUCCAGAUGAAAGCCAUCGGAUGUGGCGUUUCAGUGGGCAGAUUGAGAGAGUGACUUGGAAUCACUUUUCACCUUGUCAUUUUUUGGCCAGCACAGAUGACGGCUUUGUGUAUAAUUUGGAUGCACGUUCAGAUAAGCCAGUUUUUACACUCAAUGCACACAAUGAUGAAAUCUCCGGUCUUGAUCUAAGUAGUCAAAUCAAGGGCUGUCUUGUGACAGCAUCAGCAGACAAAUAUGUGAAAAUCUGGGACAUAUUAGGAGACAGGCCAAGUCUGGUUCACUCUAGAGACAUGAAAAUGGGAGUUCUCUUCUGUUCUUCCUGUUGCCCCGAUUUGCCAUUUAUUUAUGCUUUUGGAGGUCAGAAGGAAGGACUUCGGGUCUGGGAUAUAAGCACAGUCUCAUCAGUAAAUGAAGCAUUUGGAAGACGAGAGAGGCUUGUUCUCGGCAAUACAAGAAGUUCAUCUAUUAGUGGCCCUUUUGGGAGCAGGAGCUCAGACACACCAAUGGAGUCUUAAUGAGGAUCAUAAACUUUUUAUUACUUUAACUCCGUUUUUUAAAAAGCUAGCCUAAAAACAUCCAUGUAUGGCUACGGCCAUGUAGUGACUGAAACAAAAUUUCAUCUCCUACUGCCAGACAUUCUCCUGCAGCUAUGGGGCAGCACAAACAGGGUUGAUCUUUGUGCUUGCCUUUUAAAUGUGGUGUUUAGGGCUCCCACUGCAUUUCUUAAAGAGGGUAAUAAAAA